AUGCCCCCAUCAUCGGGCAUUGAAGUGGAAUUGCCCGGCACUGACGUUAGUGGCCCGGAGAGCUAUCUACAAUCGCUGCCCGCUGAGCUGAUACAGCAAAUUGCUGAAUAUGUGUCCGAAGACCUGGUUAUGGCCACGGCACGGGAUCUGCUAUAUCUAUCGCUCACCUGCACACGAGUUUUUCCCAUUGCCAUAGAGCUUCUCUACAAGUUCAAUGAGCGAAUGGUCAACAUACAAGCUUGUGGAGCGAAGGGGGGGGUGCUCUUCUGCGACAUGCACCGAGGUUUCCACCUUCCUGCCCUCGGAUGGGCAUGCAAGCGUGGGUGCCGGGGAACUGUAGAGGCAGUCAUAGCCAUAACACCAAAGCUAUGUAAUUCUUCUCACGUCUGUAGUGCUAUCGAGUCAAAACAAUACGAGAUCGCACGGCUGCUCUUAACACAGAAGAUGGUUAUCAAUGAACUCAAGGCUGGGAUAGAAAGAGACAGCCCAAUCUUUGCGGCAGUGGCAUCAGGCGACCAACAACUAAUUGAUCGCAUCAUCGAAAUCCAAGGUGUGAAUUUCGAAACAACUGAUCGUCGUGGGAUGUCAGUACUUGACCAUGCCUGCAGAAUGGGCCACCGGGAGCUAGCACGCCGGUUCCUGGACGAAGGAGCAAACCCUUACCUUCAUGCAAAUUCAUCUCUACAACAUGCGAUUGCUUGCCGGGACACAAAAGCCGGCUGUGCCAUUGUGAGAGAGAUCGUGACGAUGAAACCCCAGGUCAGAUUCGUCUCGAAUGAAAACAAGUACGCUGUAAGUGGCGAUCGUUUAGACGUUCUGGAAAUAUUCUUGAAAAGAGGCGCCAUUGAUCAAGCCUUUGAGGGUGCACCUGGGCAUCUGGGUGACAUCUUUGAAGAGGCGAUCAGCCAUGGUCCCAUGGCAGUUUAUCGAAAACUGUUGAGUAUCUAUCCCACCGGGCUAUUGACCGAGAGAUUUAUUUUAGACACAUUGACGCUGAUAUCCGUUCAAGGCGACACGGCCAAAGCUAAAGAGCAGGCUCAGCGGCUAAUAGAUCAUGUUCGGCCGAUACGCAACAAUGAUCUCUCAUUUCUAACUUACGAGAACGUGCAGCCGGCUUUAUCAAAUUGCAUCGAUUACGACAAUGUCAUGCUGGCAGACUACAUUCUUGGCUUGUCUGGUGGUCUUCGACUUGGUCAAAUACCAUUAUGCAGGCCAUGGAGGGGAAUGUCUGAAGGCCCUCGGAGCAUCGAAAUGCUUAAGAUGCUGAGAGAACACGGCUUUGACAUCAACCAGAUCGCUAACAGAGAGACGAUGCUACAGAGGACUAUCGUCGAGAUUGCCAGGGAUGGAUGGAACGAGGUUCUUCAAUAUCUAGCAUCCGAGGUCGAAAACAUAAAUCAGUAUAACGAGUACAAUGCAACUGCUCUGCACACUUGGCUUCGUUCGCUCAAAUAUGCCCUCUUUUCGGAGGAAGUGCAAAUCCUACAAUUCACAGCUCACCUUCUUGAUGAGGGUGCCAGCCUUUCAAUUGGUAACGCGCGUGGGAAUACGGCACUUCAUGUGGCAGCUGUGAAUACCGUUCAUGCGUCAGUUAUUCAACUUUUACUGGACCGUGGCGCAGAUACCAAUGCAAGAAACAACGCAGGCGAGACGCCACUUCAAUAUGCUAUGAGACUUCAGGGUUUGAAAAAGACUUCGCGUAAGGCUUUGAGUAAGGUGCAGAAAACUCUUCCUUUGCUUGCGGAAUGGACGUGGGUUCUGAGCAUUCCUCCGGUCAGGGAGUUGCUUGACGAAAUGAAUUCUUCAACAUAG